AUGGCUUGUGCUUCCUUGUUUGUGUCGCACCUUGCCGCGGUCGUCGCCUGUUCGGAUUCCCACGCGCGUUCCAAUCCAAACCUUGUCCGCCAGCAAGCGCACUGCCGGGUGCUGCGGAGUUCAAUGCCAGGAGAAGCAGAAGAGGUGCAAGAGGAAGAGGAGGAGGCCGAGGGAGCAGUUCAGACUUGGCUGCUUUGCACGAUUCCUAGCCCCAAGCCGUUUACGGAGGAUCCGGAGGUGGCAGCUGCACGUGCCGCUGAGGAGGCAGCGGCGGCCGCUGCUGCUGCUGCCGCUGCCUUGGAGGCUGAAAAGCAGGCCCUCGAAGAAAAGAAGCAGGCCUGUCAGAAGCAGAAAAAGAACAACCUCAAGAAGAUCAAAGAGAUUGACGCAAUUGAGGCCAAGAUGGCGGAGAAGGGGCAGACCUUUGCGGACCUGCUGCCGGAAGUGCAAGAAAAGGUUGGCAGAAAAUCCGAAUUGGUUGCUGCAGUUGCUGAUAUGGACCGCACGGUCUCGGAGGUUGAAGCCAAGCUUCGGAGCUUGCAAGAUGGAAAGAUCGAGGAGGAAGAGGCACCUCCUGUAAAACCUGCAGUUGAAGAAGAGCCUGUGGUGGAAGCGCCUGUGGAGGACAAGUCGCAGAACAUGACUGACGGCAAUUCAAAAAAGGGCAGCAACAGCAGUUAG